AUGGCGACGAGCAUCGCCGUCAAGCCAGACGGUACCCCUCUCAGCCAGUCAUCUUUGGCCGAUGUCAAGGAGCUGUGGUCGACCAGCAAGGCAAAGUCGAAGCACGGCGAGUCUCGCUUGUUCUAUGGCGUUGGUGACAGGAAGCAGACUGUCCUUGCACUCGGGGUCGGGGAGAAGGAGCCCAAGACAGAGUAUGAGAAGAGAGAAGUCUCCCGCAAGCUCGCCGCCACGGCCGCAAAGCAACUCAGAGAUCAUGAGGAGUCGAUCAAGAUCGAUCCGGUCUACUCGGCCCAUGCUGCAGCAACGGGCGCUCAUCUCGCACUGUUUGCCUGGAACCUCAAAACGUCGGACAAGGCAAAGACUGCCCUCGCUACUGCCAAGGCUGCCAAGCUCGAGCUUGCAAGUGACGCAUCCAUCCAGCCUUUGUCAAUCGAUGUCGGUCUCGAUUGGCAAACGGGCAAGAUCUACUCUGAGGCCCAGAAUCUCUGCAGAGAGCUUCAGGAGCUGCCAGCCAAUCUCUGCACGCCUACUGUGUUCUGCGAGCGCGCCCAGGAACUCUUCAAGGGCCAUGCCAACGUCACCCUGAACGUCCAUGAUGCAGAAUGGGCAAAGAAAGAACGCAUGAAUAUGUUCCUCAGUGUGGCCGCCGGCUCGGACGAGCCUUGCAGAUUCCUCGAAAUCAUCUACGAAGGCGCAGUGGACAAGCAGCCUAUCGCCUUUGUUGGCAAAGGCAUCACCUUUGACUCGGGCGGUAUCUCCCUCAAGCCAGGUGCAGAUAUGAAAGCGAUGCGAUCGGACAUGGGCGGGGCUGCCAAUUUACUGUCUGCCCUUCACGCUAUCGUGCAACUGAAGCUGCCUGUGAAGAUUGUCUUCGUUACGCCCCUCACCGAGAAUAUGCCGAGCGGAAAGGCUACGAAACCGGGCGACAUCAUCACCGCUCGCUCCGGCAAGACAGUCGAAGUCGACAACACUGAUGCCGAAGGUCGGCUUGUGCUCGGAGACGCGCUCGACUAUGUCGCAACGACCUAUCAUCCUUCCACGAUUAUCGACGCGGCCACACUGACGGGAGCAGCGAUGAUCGCGCUUGGACAAGUCUAUGCAGCCGUGUAUGCAAGUUCAGACGACCUCUGGCACGAACUCGAGGCGGCUGGCAGAGCAGAGCAUGACCGCUUUUGGCGCAUGCCACUGGACGAUGAGUAUCUCAACUGGAUAAAUCAUACUGGCGCAGAUCUUUGCAACACAGGCGGCCGCUACGGAGGCAGUAUCACUGCGGCCAUGUUUCUGCGUGAGCACGUGGCAGGCUUAGCCUGCAAUUCGAAAGAUAAAGAACCAACCGAUACGGUGCGCUGGGCUCACAUCGACACGGCGCCGGUCAUGCAGUAUACAAAGGCGCUAAACGAUUACGAACGUGUCGGUAUGAGCGGUCGUCCUGUAAGAGCCAUCAUCGAAUGGGCGCGACAGCAGUCGCAGCGAUGA